AUGGAACGAACCCCGAAAGCUGAUGAAGACGCUGUACAACAGACACUGAACAAGGUUGAGGUCAACGAGAUCCCAAUUCCUGAGCCCGGAGAGAAUGAUAUUCUGAUUAAGAAUGCUUGUGCAUCGCUAUGUCAUUCUGAUUUGAUGCUUUUCUGGGGACAUACGGCGGAGAAGCCCCCAAUGGAGAAAGUUACUAUCGGACAUGAGAAUACCGGCACCGUCGCCGCUAUCGGAAGAAACGUUACAGGAUUCAAGGUCGGAGACCCAGUGGGGUGUCUCGGGUGUAGCUACGCCUGUUCGAUCCAAUAUGCGAAGGCAUUGAAAUUGCGAGUCAUCGGAAUUGAUAUUUCCGAUUCACAAUUGGAGUCAGCGAAAUCUCUUGGCGCAGACUUGACCUUCAACUCGGCCUCAACCCCAGACUAUGAGAAAGAGAUAUUGAGUCAGACCAGUGGAGGUGUGCAUGCUGCUGUGGUUCUGAGUGCCUCUAAUGCUGCGUACCAGGGUGCACCCAGCGUGCUAAGGAUAAAUGGUAUUCUCAUGGUUGUCGGUAUUCCUAAGGAGAACCUGUCAAUCAAUGCUCUCGACAUCCUCCUAGGAAAGUAUCGCAUUAUGGGUGCCAGCAGUGGUACACCACAACAGAUGCGAGAGCCCAUUGAAUUCAGCUAUGAGCAUGGUAUCAAGGCGCAUAUGACUACCUUCAACGACAUUGGGGACAUUCAAAAGAUUAUUGACUUGCUAGAGAACGGUAAGACCGCUGGUCGAUUUGGUAUAGUCUUCUAG